UAUUAUCAACAAAGGAAAACCACGUGGUUCUCAUUCUGUUCGAACUUACCGAGUUGAAAGGAUUACAAUAUUCGUCAAUACGACAAAGGCUAAUAUCUAAUGUACAUGUGUGUUAACUAUGAAUGCAGGAAGGUUCAAUUAUGACAGACCUGCGGCCUAUGACCAGUGACCUAGGAGUACUGACUCGACCGGAUGGAACUGUGACCUUCACCCAAGGUGACACAGGAAUCCUUGCAGCAGUAUAUGGCCCUGGAGAAGUGAAAAUUGCUCGGGAAAUCCUUGACCGAGCCACAGUGGAAGUCAUCUACAAACCCAAGUCAGGGUUGCCUGGAUGUUCUGAAAGACUGCAUGAACGAUACAUUCGAAAUACAGUAGAGACAGCCAUAUUAGCUUCCCUUCACCCGAGGUCAUGUAUAUCAGUGACGGUACAAGAGCUGCAGAACUCGGGCUCCCUACUCGCGUGUUCUGUGAACGCAGCUUGUUUAGCAUUGUUAGAUGCGUGUGUGAACAUGAAGUACCUGAUAGCUGGGGUACAUGUGAUCAUAGAUGGAGAUGGCAACACAAUACUCGACCCGGACGUCAAGCAGGAGGGGGAGAAAGUGGCAGGUGUGACAUUUGUGUUGGAGAACCAGAACCACAGUGUUGUCACCAUGUCCAGUAGGGGCAGUCUGACCACGGAACAGUUCCAUAGGUGUCUUCUCCAUGCCCAAGCGGCUGCAAAACAAAUCUUCUCAUUCUACAGGAUUGCUGUUGAAAAGAAAAUGUCAAAACCUUGAUUGUUUUUAAUAAAAUGUUUUUUUAAUAA